UUCAUAUAACUACCCUAUAAAUAUACACAUGAUAUACUAUCACCUUUCAUAUAACAAAGCAACUAUCUCGUGAACAAGAGAGAGAGAGAGAUGGAGGGCAUCGAACACAAAACAUUCAACGUUAAUGGCAUCAACAUGCACAUAGCUGAAAAGGGUAAAGGCCCCGUAGUUCUCUUCCUCCACGGCUUCCCCGAACUCUGGUACACGUGGCGCCACCAGUUGGUAGCCUUCGCAGACUUAGGCUACCGUGCGGUGGCGCCCGAUUUACGAGGCUACGGUGACACUGAUGCACCUACUGAAGUAACUAGCUACACGUACUUUCAUGUAGUGGGGGAUUUGGUAGCGCUUAUAGAGUCUUUAGGAGUAGAGAGUGUGUUCCUUGUGGCUCAUGAUUGGGGUGCUAUGCUAGGUUGGUACUUGUGUUUGUUCAGGCCUGAUUUGGUGAAAGCAUAUGUUUGUCUCUCUGUGCCUUUUAGGCCAAGGCAUCCUAAAAUGAAGCCUAUUCCUACCAUGAGAGCUUUCUUUGGAGAUGAUUACUACAUGUGCAGAUUCCAGGACCCAGGCAUGGAAGACGAGAUAGCCAAAUACGGGAGUGAAGCAGUGCUGAAAAAGAUACUGACAGAUAGAAAACCAGGACCACCUUGCUUGCCCAAGGAGAACCCCUUUGGCAUUUCCCAAGAUGCUAAGCUACCUGUAUGGCUUUCUCAACAAGACCUCAAGUACUACUCCUCCAAAUUUGACCAAAAGGGCUUCACUGGAGGAUUAAACUACUACCGCACACUCGAUUUGAACUGGGAGCUUACAGCUCCGUGGACAGGGGUAAAAGUGAUGGUGCCGGUGAAAUUCGUGGUAGGUGAAAUGGACAUGCUGUAUACAACACCAGGAAUGAAAGAGUAUGUGCAUGGAGGAGCUUUCAAGAAGGAUGUGCCGAUGCUGGAGGAUGUUGUUGUGAUUAAAGGAGCUGCCCAUUUCAUUAAUCAAGAAAGAGCUCAAGAGACUAACUCUCAUAUUCAUGACUUCAUCAAAAAGUUCUGAUCGAGCUGGUUGUUUAAUAAAGAUGUUCUGCUUUACUGAAUUGGCUUAAUGUGGUUUGGUAUCGUUCAUUUGAACGAGUCUGCAUGUUUGAAAGUUUAUAAGACGCUAUCAGUUCUAGUUCA